AUGAGCUCUCCUGUCACCAAGAGCCGCUCCCUGGUCGCCUUCCUACAGCAGUUGCGCAGCCUCGGGCAGCCCCCCAGACCUGUGACAUCCAAGGCGCGCGCGCCCCCUCGGCCGCGGGAGGUGCCCCUCUGCCCGCUGAUGGAACGCGGCGAGGCGCGGAACGCGGCCGCCCUACCGGGACCCACCAACUGGCCCCUGCUGGGCAGCCUGCUGGAGAUUCUGUGGAAAGGGGGCCUCAAGAAACAACACGACACGCUGGCAGAGUACCACAAGAAGUAUGGCAAGAUUUUCCGCCUGAAGUUGGGUUCCUUCGACUCGGUGCACCUGGGCUCGCCAUGCCUGCUGGAAGCGCUGUACCGCACCGAGGGCGCGUACCCGCAGCGGCUGGAGAUCAAACCCUGGAAGGCCUACCGGGACUAUCGCCAAGAGGGCUACGGGUUGCUCAUCCUGGAAGGAGAAGACUGGCAGAGGGUCCGGAGUGCCUUUCAAAAGAAACUAAUGAAACCAGUGGAAAUUAUGAAGCUGGACAACAAAAUCAAUGAGGUCUUGGCUGACUUCAUGGGGAGACUGGAUGAGCUCCGUGACGGGAGAGGCCACGUGGACGAUUUGUACGGCCAGCUGAACAAGUGGUCCUUUGAAAGCAUCUGCCUGGUGCUGUAUGGGAAGCGAUUUGGGCUCCUUCAGAAGAACGCAGGGGACGAAGCCUUGAACUUCAUCAUGGCCAUCAAAACGAUGAUGAGCACUUUCGGGAGGAUGAUGGUCGUCCCCGUCGAGCUGCACAAGGGCCUCAACACCAAGGUCUGGCAGGCCCACACCCAGGCCUGGGACACCAUUUUCCGUUCAGUCAAAUCUUGUGUGGACGGCCGGCUGGCGAGGCCCGCGGAGGAGCCCGGCGCGGAUUUCCUCUGUGACGUCUACCACCACGGUCAGCUCUCCAAGAAGGACCUGUACGCGGCGGUCACGGAGCUGCAGCUGGCUGCCGUGGAAACGACAGCAAAUAGCUUAAUGUGGGUUCUCUACAAUUUGUCCCGUAAUCCCCACGUGCAACAAAAGCUUCUUCAGGAAAUUCAGAGCGUGUUGCCUGAGAAUCAGGUGCCACGGGCCGAGGAUUUGAGGAACAUGCCGUAUUUAAAGGCCUGUCUGAAAGAAUCCAUGAGGCUCACCCCAAGCGUGCCGUUCACAACUAGGACGCUGGACAAGGCGACAGUUCUGGGGGAAUAUGCUUUACCCAAAGGGACCGUGUUGAUGCUGAAUACCCAGGUGUUGGGGUCCAACGAAGAAAAUUUCGAAGGUGCAGGUCAGUUUCGACCCGAACGAUGGCUCCAGGAGAAAAAGAAGAUCAACCCCUUUGCACACCUGCCGUUUGGCAUCGGGAAACGAGGGUGCAUUGGCCGCCGGCUGGCUGAGCUCCAGCUCCACUUGGCUCUUUGCUGGAUCGUCCGCAAAUACGACGUCGUGGCCACAGACCACGCGCCGGUGGACAUGCGGCACCUAGGCAUCCUGGUGCCGAGCCGGGAGCUCCCCGUGGCUUUCCGCCAGCGGUAG